CUCACGGGCGGUGUCACAACCUCGCAUUUAGCACCACUGUUUUGUUUCUAUGAGUUCAGCACAAGCCUCACCGCGACAAUGAGCGCCAACGCGACCAUCCUGGGUCCCAACGUGUUCGUCUUCGACCAGAGCAUGCCCGCCUCGGCGGUGCAGGCCCAGGCGACAGACAUUUUCAAGCGUAUGGAGGCCAACGAGUUUGGCGCCGAGCGCUAUGCCCUCCUCUUCAGGCCCGGUGUCUACGACGUUCUCUUCGACGUCGGCUUCUAUACUUCUGUGUGUGGGCUGGGCCGGAACCCAGACGACGUCCUGAUCCGCGGCGGGGCCAACGUGCCCGCCUACUGGAUGCCCAACCGCAAUGCCACUUGCAACUUCUGGAGGUCCUAUGAGAACCUAGCCAUCGAGGCGUCCGAUGCCACCAACAAGACAACCACCAUCGCCGUGUCGCAGGCCGCACCGCUGCGGAGGCUGCACAUCAAGAGCGCCAACGGCCUGUGGCUGUUCCAGGUCGACCCGUCCACGGGUGCCGGCGGCUGGGCCAGUGGCGGGUACAUGGCCGACACGGUCGUUGACGGACAGGUUCUCCCUGGGUCUCAACAGCAGUGGCUGUCGAGGAACAGCAGCUGGGGCAGCUGGGCCAACGGCGUCUGGAAUAUGGUUUUUGUCGGCUGUGACAAUGCCCCCAGCCAGGGAAACUGGCCCAGGGAACCAUAUACGACAAUCGAACAGACACCCAUCAUCCGCGAGAAGCCAUACCUCUACGUCAACGAAGAGGACAAACUGGCUGUCUUCAGACCGGCUCUCCAGAGAGAUGCCAGGGGCCCGACCUGGACGGGCGGUGCCACCCAGGGCGAAGCGAUUCCCAUCGAGGCCUUCUACGUGGUACAACCUGGCGUCGAUGCUCCCACCCUCAACGCGGCACUCGGCUCAGGCAAGCACCUACUGAUCACCCCGGGCGUCUACAACCUCGACGAUGCUCUGAGAGUGACCCGCCCAGGCACCAUAAUCUUGGGGCUCGGGUUCCCCUCUCUGGUGCCGGUCAGUGGGAAAUCAGCCAUAGCUGUGGACGACAUCAACGGCGUCAUUGUGGCAGGUCUAAUUAUCGAUGCUGGACCCGUCAACUCGCCGUGUCUCCUCGAGGUAGGGCCCUCUGGCAGCUCUGCCGGGCACUCCUCCGACCCGACGUUCCUGUACGACCUCACGAUCCGCACGGGCGGCGUCCAACCCGGCAGGAACGACGCCGGCAUCGUCAUCAACAGCCACGACGUCGUGUGCGACCAGCUGUGGCUCUGGCGCGCCGACCACGGGCCCGCGACGUGCGCCGGCUGGGACGUCAACCCGACCCGAAACGGCCUGGUCGUCAACGGGGACCGCGUCACUGCCUACGGUCUCUUCAACGAGCACCACGAGGAGUAUCAGACGCUGUGGAACGGGGACCAGGGCCGCCUGUACUUCUACCAGAGCGAGAUCCCGUACGACCCGCCGUGCCAGGAGGCAUACCGGUCCGAGCAGGGGGCCCGCAUCGGGUACGCGUCGUACAAGGUGUCCGAUUCGGUAGGAAGCCAUGAAGCCUGGGGCCUAGGCGUGUACUCGUACUUCCGCGACGCACCAGUCAAGGUGGAGAACGCAAUCGAGGUCCCUGAGACGGCCAGGGUGCACCACAUGACUACCGUCUGGCUGAACGGCACCAGCGGCAGCGAGAUCACGCAUGUUGUCAACGGGAGGGGAGGAAGGGUGUAUGCGAACAGCCCGGAGGAGGCGAUGCGGCAGACUGUGGAUGAGUACCCUUGAUCAAGACAGCCUUGGAAGACGAUCAUCUCUCCGCCCCGGCAGGCACACGCCUGCGGCUGCAAGACCAGGGAUCGUGCAGACGACUGCAACUAAGCUGCAUACUUCGCCAGCCCGCAGACAUGACAGAUAUUCUAGCAUUCAAAGGUUGGUAGGCGGGGCGGAGGUCACAACUAGAUACCGCGAAGCCCUAGACCAGAGCCAUGUCGAGUCGCCGGGGGCAUCGCAUGAUGGAUUGACCAACGGCUUGUUCUCUAGUCGAUGCUCUGGUAGAGUGACCGAGACUGUAUGUUUUGAAUACAUAGCCGAACAGACCUGAGAGAGACUUGAUUCCUUGCUCAUAGACGACAGGAGCCAGGUCGUGUAAAUAAUGUUUCUAGUCUGUCAGGCUUUGGAGUUCCACACGCACGUAUGGUAUCAGCACACAAAAAUAAGUCACUCCAAGAUUGGCUACAAUAGUAACGAUCUAUAGAUCAGCAUUAAGAAGGGGCGGCAAAGAG